AUAUCCUCAUGUACCCUAAGGUUUACUAGCUCACUUCCUCUCUCUCUUCCUCUCCCCAGUUGAUGACGUAGCACCAUGAGCGCCAUGCCGGCCUCCCAGACCGUCCGGACGGUCCACAUCCACAAGAAUGGAGACAAGUUCCAGGAUCCGAAGAAGUUCGUCGUCAACCAGCGCCAGUACCCCGACAUGGACACGUUCCUGGAUGAAGUGACUAAGAAGCUCGGCCCGACGUCCCGAGGCCCCCUCCGUCGGAUCCACACCCCCAACACGGGCCACCAGGUCCCCACCCUACAGGACCUGCAGACUGGGCAGCACUACGUGGCCGCGGGAAACGAGAGGUUCCACAAGAUUCAGUAG